UUGUCUUUUUUAGUGGAUCUGUAAAUCCCUUUUCUGCCAAAAGCUCCUGGGCAAGUGGUGUUAACUGACUAAAGCAGGUGUAAAGCCAUGAAUUUUUGCUACAGAGCAAAGCUCAACACCUUUCUUCUGCUGCUGGUACUGCUGGGGGGAGCACUUCUCCUGUUCAACAGCAGGAACCUUCCCCAAAGUCCUCACAACGCUCCCCUCCCAGGAAGAAAAGUUCACGUCUUGUUGCUGUCGUCGUGGCGAUCAGGUUCGUCCUUCCUGGGUCAGGUUUUCAGUCAGCACCCGUCUGUUUUCUAUCUGAUGGAGCCCGGUUGGCACGUGUGGACCAGAGUGCAGAAAUCUGGAGCCCGGCUCCUCCGGAUGGCUGUGAGGGAUUGUCUCCGGAGUCUCUACCAGUGUGACUUCUCAGUGAUGGAUGCCUAUCUCCCAGAAAACCACCGUGUUUCCUCCUUGUUUAUGUGGUACCAGAGUCGAGCUCUGUGCUCGCCGCCCGCCUGUUCUGUCAGAGCCAUCAAUGAAGUUAAGUGUCGUCAGAAAUGUGACGCUCGAGGUCUGCAGAAGGCGGAGCAGGCCUGCAGCACAUACAGUCACGUGGUGUUAAAAGAAACCCGACUGUUUGAGCUGGAGUCCCUUUAUCCUCUUCUGCAAGACCCCAACCUGGAUCUCCGCAUCGUUCAUCUGGUGCGGGACCCGCGGGCCGUGAUGCGGUCAAGAGAGGAGUCCGCUAGAGUCUUAGCAAAAGACACGGCAACAGCUCUGGAACAACAAAACAUACCGAACGUUGAAGCUCAGUUCAAAGUUAUGCAGGAGAUCUGCCGGAGCCACGUUGGCAUUUACGAAAGGGCCAUCCUGAAACCACCUCCAUUCCUAAAAGGCCGCUACAAACUGGUUCGCUAUGAAGACGUGGUACACAACCCACAGAAGGAGGUCAAUGAAAUUUAUGACUUUGUUGGUUUGAAGAUGACUCCAGAGAUGAGUGACUGGAUCUACCAGAAGACCCAUGGAAAAGGAAAAGGGACGGUGAAGGAGGCUUUUCAAGUUGUGUCUAGAAACGCUACCCAGGUCUCUGAGGCGUGGCGCACCAUGCUGCCUCACUUGAAGGUCAAACGUGUUCAGGAAGUGUGUAAAGAGGCCAUGUCGCUGCUGGGCUACAGGACAGUCCAAAAUAAUAAAGAGCAGAACAAUCUAGACAUAGAUCUGUUAGUUCCACGGGAGCCACAUCAGUUCAAGUGGUAACCAGCAGAGAAACGCCCCAAAGGUCAAAGAAAGAACCACCUGCUUCGUGGAGUAGAGCCUCCGCUCACCACAAGGUGGAUUUCUAUGGACACAAAUGCUGCAUUUCCAGUAAAUUCACGUACACGUUGUCAUUUUACAAAGUUCAACUGAGAAAGAACUCCAACUUCACAGCAAAACCAGUUUCUGCUUCUGCAGACAGAUUUGACAACUGCAGUUUCAGACAUGAUGGAUGUGAAGUUUUGUUCCAUAAGCAGCGGUCUGACCUCCCGAUCCUGCACAUUUAUAAAAUGUUUUUAUUAAACCAGUACAAAA